AUGGAUCCGCGCGUGGCCUGGAUCCAGCCCGAGCAGAAGGGGCCGGCCAAUGCCCUGUGGAUGCAGAUCUGGGAGACGUCGCAGGGCGUGGGCCGCGGCGGCUCGGGCUUCGCGUCCUACUUCUGCCUCAACUCGCCCGCGCUGGACACGGCGGCCGCGGCGGGGGCGGGGGCGGGGGCGGCGGCGGGGCUGGGCGGCGGCGGCGGCGGCGGGGGCCUGGCUGGGCCCGCGCUCCCCGCCGCGUCGCCCCCGCCGCCCGCGCCCGGCCCCGCCGCGCUGCCCCCCGCGCUGCUGACGGCGCUCGGGCCCGCGGCCGAGGGCGCCCGGCGCCUGCACAAGUCGCCGUCGCUGUCGUCGUCGUCGUCGUCCUCGUCCAACGCCGAGUCGGGCACCGAGAGCCCCGGCUGCUCGUCGUCGUCCUCCUCCAGCAGCGCCUCGCUCGGCCGGGCGGGCGGCGGCGGCGGCGGCGGGGGCGGGGGCGGCGGGGGCGGCCGCGGCGGCGCCUUCUUCCACUUCGCCGACGGCCCCCCGAGCGCCCCCGGCGCGGCCAACGGGCACCCCGGGCCCCGCGGCCCCGCGCCCGCCGGCUCCCCGCCGCAGCACCAGUUCCACCCGGGCCGCCGGAAACGCGAGAACAAGGCCAGCACCUACGGCCUCAACUACCUGCUGUCGGGCAGCCGCGCGGCCGCGCUGAGCGGAGGGGGCGGCCCCGGGCCCCAGGCGCCGCGGCCCGGCACGCCGUGGAAGAGCCGCGCCUACAGCCCGGGCAUCCAGGGACUUCAUGAGGAAAUCAUUGACUUUUAUAACUUCAUGUCCCCUUGUCCUGAAGAAGCAGCCAUGAGACGGGAGGUGGUGAAGCGGAUCGAAACCGUGGUUAAAGACCUCUGGCCAGCGGCUGAUGUACAGAUAUUUGGCAGCUUUAGUACAGGCCUCUAUCUUCCAACCAGUGACAUCGACUUAGUGGUCUUUGGAAAAUGGGAGCGUCCUCCUCUGCAGCUGUUGGAGCAAGCCCUGCGGAAGCACAACGUGGCUGAGCCGUGCUCCAUCAAAGUCCUUGACAAAGCUACAGUACCAAUAAUAAAACUCACAGACCAGGAGACUGAAGUUAAAGUCGACAUCAGCUUUAACAUGGAGACUGGGGUCCGGGCAGCGGAGCUCAUCAAGAAUUACAUGAAGAAAUAUUCAUUGCUGCCUUACUUGAUUUUAGUAUUGAAACAGUUCCUCCUGCAGAGGGACCUGAAUGAAGUUUUUACUGGUGGAAUUAGCUCAUACAGCCUAAUUUUAAUGGCCAUUAGCUUUCUACAGUUGCAUCCAAGAAUUGAUGCCCGGAGAGCUGAUGAAAACCUUGGAAUGCUUCUUGUAGAAUUUUUUGAACUCUACGGAAGAAAUUUUAAUUACUUGAAAACUGGUAUUAGAAUAAAAGAAGGAGGUGCCUAUAUCGCCAAAGAAGAGAUCAUGAAAGCCAUGACCAGUGGAUACAGACCAUCGAUGCUGUGCAUUGAGGACCCUCUGCUGCCUGGAAAUGAUGUUGGCCGCAGUUCCUAUGGGGCCAUGCAGGUGAAGCAGGUGUUUGACUACGCUUACAUUGUUCUCAGUCACGCAGUGUCGCCCCUCGCGAGGUCCUACCCCAACAGAGACUCUGAAAGUACUCUAGGAAGAAUCAUCAAAGUGACUCAGGAAGUGAUCGACUACCGGCGGUGGAUCAAGGAAAAGUGGGGCGGCAAGGCCCCCCCGGCGCCCGAGCUUGAUAACAGGAUCAAGAUAAAAGAGCGAAUCAGUGCAUGUGAUGGGGAUCAGCCGCAGCGCCGAGACCCGGAGUCCCCCUACAGCCAGCGCCUGACCCUGUCUCUGCCCAGCCCCCAGCUGCUCUCAUCCGGCUCCUCUGCCUCCUCUGUGUCUUCGCUUUCUGGAAGUGACAUUGAUUCUGACACACCACCCUGCACAACGCCCAAUGUUUACCAGUUCAGUCUACAGGCGCCAACUCCUCUGCUGGCCAGCUUACCCACCGCCUUGCCCAUGCCGAGUGGCAAACCUCAGUCCGCUACUUCCAGAACGUUGGUCAUGACAACUAACACUCAGACCAGGUUUACAAUACCUCCGCCGACCCUAGGAGUGGCCCCCGUCCCUUGCAGACAAGUCAGCGUUGAAGGGACUCCAGCAUUGAAAGCCGUUCACCACAUGUCUUCCCCGGCCAUUCCGUCCGCCUCCCCCAAUCCUCUUUCCAGCCCUCACCUGUACCACAAGCAGCACAGCGGCAUGAAGCUGUCCAUGAAAGGCUCGCACAACCACAGCCAGGGGGGCACGUACGGCUCUGUUGGCAGCGGAGGCGUGCGGCCCCCGGUGGGCAACCGUGGACACCACCAGUACAACCGCACCGGCUGGAGGAGGAAAAAACACACACACACGAGGGACAGCCUGCCCGUCAGUCUGAGCAGAUAAUGGCCCCUGAGGGCGCCGCCCGGCCCCCCGCUCUUCCACAGACUAGCGCCCCGCCGGGACCUGAGACCAGCAUCCAGCACGUGGGCCCGGGCCCCGGGGGCCGCCCGCCGCUGAUCACUCUGCAUGUUCCUUGUGUGGUGGUCACGUCCAUCUUAAAGAACAGCUCCUUGUGCUCAUCUGUGAAGCCUUAUUAAACAUGGACGCAGUUUUCUGCCUUCCCGGAUCCUUCCUCCGUGCCCGGUCAGGUCUGGACCGGGAACCGCAGGGACGGGACGCAGGCCUCGGCGCUUCUCAGCAGCCAGUCUGGUUCCUUCGCGGUUUGGGUGUUUUCGUGUCACGUCCGCCAGAGCAACAGAGAUCAGCCCCCGUUCUCGUUCCUUCCCCAGUGGGUAGGGUUGGGAGGUCGCCAUUGUGUCACUGCCCUCACGUUUUGUUUCAGAUUUCAGAACUGUUUUUCUAUGUAAAUAUUGAAAACUUAUGGUUUGUGCAAUAUCAGAUAUUUUUAUUUAAUUCAUAUUUUCACAUAAGUUAUAUUUAAGGGAGGAGGUUUUUUAAACAAGCUUAGAUCCUUUCCCGAGUCGCAUUUUCUAAGUUGGGUUCAUCGUGUCGGCUGGUUGAGGAGCACCGCUACCAACACCGUGAGUGACGGGCUCGGGGUUUAUUUUUGUGUUUUUCCUGUGGUCAGACACAAGGCCUCCGAGUUCGUGGCGGGGUGGGGCGGGCGGGCGGGCGGGCGGGCGGGGGGCGCUUCCUUGCAGGGGGCUCGGCUCCCCGGCCUUCUGACCAGCUGCCCGCGGCCCUGCCGGCCGGCCUGUCUGCUGUCUCGCUCUGACCGCAGAGCUUUCACGUUUUGGUUUUCGGUUCUUUUAAAGUAGACAACAAAUCCAGCGUUUAAAGUGCCAGAAGUAUAACUUUCUAAGGGGACGAAGGGUUGUCACAUUAUAAAAUCUUAAAAAAAAAAAACAAAAAACAAAAAUGUGAAGUUGAAGUGCUCAGUCCGUGUCAGUCACAGAGCCUGUUGUAAGGACGAGGCCGGUGAGUACCCGUCCGGACAAGGGCGCCCAGAUUUAGGAAUGUGGAGAAAGGAAUUAUGUUGAUUCCGUUGAGGAAUCUGUAUAGCAGUAUGUGUUCGUUCUGUUAAGAGCAAAUCUACGAGAAGUACUUCAGCUGCUCAUUGCACCGGGGGGGAGUAUUUUUACCGUAUGGCAGGAGAGCACAGCCCAGGGAUGGGCCGGGGCAGCUGGCGCCCGACCGCAGAGGCGUACAGGAAUACUAUGCAAGUGUAGUCCGCCAUGACAACCACUGUCUUUGUUACCUUUUUUUGAACAAGAAUAUAUCCAUCCUGCCUAACCCUGAGUUUUUGGAGCACCACAGUUGUCCUGGGUGUGAGUUGCAUCUCAUAGGUCAUCUGACUCCCCAUUUUUGAAAUGGGGGGUUCUGGCCCUGCUGAACACUACAGGUAGGUCGGUCUUUGAAGUCCACUAGUGGAGAGUGUCGCGUUGAGAGACUGAACUACCAUGACGCCUGGUUGAUGUGCAGAGUGGGGAGCUCUGGAGUGCGGACUGAGGGCCAGGUCCAGCCAGGACGCCUCUGAUGCGCGCGUGGCUGGCCUCCGCCCCGGGACCGGUCCCCCGGCGCCGUUGGGAGCUGCGAGCUGCGGCUGCGGCUGCGGGUUCUCCAGGGGCAUUCCAGAAUAGAGUAGCACAUGUUGUCUGCAGUUCUUGAUUGAAAGUUAUCAAAAAUAUUUAAAGAUAUUUAAAUUGUGAAUCUAUUGAUAAAGAAAUAUUUAUAAAAACUGAUAUGUAGGCCUGUACUAAUCUCCACGCAUUAGCAAUAUUGACUCACCCUACAUUAAGGAACCCCCUGCGGGGCGAGUGUCCCAUGGGGUGUGCAUUUUAAAGCUCGAUUCACAGACACAGGCGCCAUGCUCCAUCCCCGUCAUGGUGAACCGAAUGAAUUGGCCUGGCUACCACUGUGGUCACGCACUACAGGUUGAACAAAACGAUAUCAUGUUUCGAUUUUUUUUUGUGUGUAGACAACAAUGUGGAAGCUAAAAUUGACAUAUUUUUAUGUAAAGUUUUUCUAUUCUUUGAUUUUUAAUAAACUUUGGAAACCAG